GUCCCCGAGAUAGGAUGGGACUACUGGGGUUGUAGGUAGUAGCAGAGAAGAAGCAGAAAAAUUUCGCUACGAAAAUGGCAAGAGGUAGCCGGGGACUGAGGAGAGUAGUAGAAUGUAUAAAACAGUUACCGGUCACAGCCAGCAGAGAAACGCCUAAACGGAACUGCGUGAGAUAUCUGUCCUCAUGUGGGAUCCUGAUGACACGGUUGCCGCCUCUUCUGGGGGUCAGGCCCAGAGUCGUCAUGGCCCCCACCCGCUCCUUCUUCAACCUAGCUGACACCUUCAACAAGAGGAAGGAGUACUCAGAGAGACGCAUCAUGGGGUAUUCCAUGUUGGAGAUGUAUGAAGUGGUAGCCGGGGUGGAGAACUACCUUCACUUCGUUCCCUGGUGUAAGAAGUCUGAUGUGGUAUUCCGGCGGUCUGGGUUCUGCAAGGCCAAAUUGACGGUUGGCUUUCCUCCCGUUGUGGAGAACUACACGUCCCUGGUCACCACAGUGCGCCCCCACCUGGUCAAGGCUGCCUGUUCAGACGGGAAACUCUUCAACCACCUGGAGACGGUGUGGCGCUUCAGCCCCGGUCUCCCUGGCUACCCUCGCACCUGCACCGUGGACUUCUCUAUCUCCUUUGAGUUCCGCUCCCUACUGCACUCCCAGCUGGCCACCAUGUUUUUUGACGACGUGGUGAAGCAGAUGGUGUCAGCAUUCGAGCGGCGUGCCGGGAACCUGUAUGGAGCACAGACCACGAUACCCCAAGAGCUCAUGUUUCACGAGGUCCACCACACGUAGCCCCUAUGGUCUUCUCUCUGCGUGCACACACACACACACACACACACACUGUUAUGUGCUUGAACACAGCACUGCCUUAUUAGAACACAACCAACAAUUUUACUGAACUCUAUUAGAUCAUUGAAAUUCCUGGCCCGCUAACAGCCUGCGACUGGACUCUGACCCCCUCUCCAUUAGGUAUGCCCAGAGCCUUGUGCUGUCCUAAUGGGUUGGGCUCAAGUCAUGUCAGAACAGACCUCAUACAAUCCCACUCAGGAGAGGCCCAAAUAAAAUAUUGUGGAUCUUGAAAGGCUGUGGGCUGUGUGUAAGAUACUUUGGUCGGUACAGUAGACCAAUGGAAAGGCAUAUGGGUUCUAAUGGCCUGACCUGGCUAAGGGACGUUGAUGACCUGUUCGUCUAAAUGACCUUAGUAACAAACCCAUCACAUUAAAUAACCUAAUGCUAGGUGGUCAACCUGGUGCUGUAUCAAAGGAUUCUUCUGUUUUUCUUAAAUGAGAAGUGAUAUAAGUAGGUUGGCUAGUGUCGCCAAUGAUGUGAGAUGGAUGUUAUCUAGAGACGUGGUAACGACACUGCAGAGUUGCAGAGCUCCUCCUUCUCUGUCUUGGGAGCAACAUUGUGGAACAGAGUUUAGUUAUGGCACUUGUGCUUUUUUUUUUGUGUGCAAUAUUAUAAUGUUUGGUUUUUAAAUGCAGCAGACUUUUCACUGCGGAUAUCUAUGGGUUUAAAGGGCUCAGACUGGCUAGGUAGGUGCUAACGUGGCACUCUAUUCCCUAUAUAGUGUACCCAGUCAAAGUAGUUCACCAUAUCUAUUACAUUUGACCAAAUGUUAUGGGUACAAUUAUGGAGGCAUCUAUAUGCCAGUCAAAACGCUUGCGUUUACGAUGAGGUGUCUUAACACCCCAGAACCUCUUCAAGAUUCCACUGACCUAGCCACGCCUUUUACCCCGUGGCUUUGGACCUGGUCCUAGUGAUAUCAUAUUUAUCUUUUUAUUUUCUGACAUUAUACUCGUAUAAAGAUAUUUAUUAAGAUGAAUAUAAGAACUCAUGUACAUUUUGUUUUAAGACCACAGAUGAGAAAAGAGUGCACACGGAAAGUGUUGACGUAACUACUGGUAGGUUGUUGGUAUGGUGUGUUGUAAUGCAAAUGGAGGUCAUUCAGUGAGUUGAAUGGGUGAUGUAUCAACUGCAUUGUUUAUAAACUAUUUUUAUAUUAAAAUAA